AUGAAAAGUGAACAAUAAUCAUUAUUAUUGACAAAAAGAGAGGAAUUUCGAUUUUCGAUUAGAAAAGAGAGAUUAGAAGAUUUAUUCAAUUAAAAUAGAAAGAAAUGUAAUUUGAACAAUGAAUUGGAUCCUAUAAUAGAGAUUCCAAGUUUUUCAGAAUCAUAAGAACUUCACAAAUAUCUAAUAGAUGGAGAGUUUAGUUAAUAGAAAUUAUUGAAGGCUGCAAAUGACAAAUAAUUAUUAAAUAAGUUAUUUCUUAGUGCAUAAUAAUCAGAUUAUUAUUCAAUAACAAUUUUGAGUAAUAUUUGUACACAAUAAAAUCUUGGAGAGUGUGAAGUGCUUUUUCUAAAUUAAUUAAAAUUGGCAAAAUAAAGAAUGGAUAUAAGAAUGAUUGAUAAUGUAAUAAUACAAUAAAAAUCAUUUAGUUAUUUGAUGCUCUUAAUAGUAUUUGUACACAAGAAUUAACAAGAAAAUAAUUAGAAUACUUAUUAAAUAAUAAUCUAAUUUCAUUAGUAAAUCAAAUAUUAAAAGAAAAUUAACAUGAAAUAUAUACUGAUGAUGAAUUUAGAAUGAUAAAAAGUGGUACUGAAUUAUUCUGUAGAUUCUUUAAUAAAUUUAGAAUCUUUACAGAAGAUGAAUUAAAUUAAGUAAUAUUAAAAUACAAUUAAGAAGUAUUUAAUUAUAUAUAUAUAUAUAUAGAUUCGAUAUACAUUUUAUUUAAUGAAAUAAUUACUUCCACUAUAAUUAUAAUAUCCAAAAAUAACAUUUAUGUUUGUUAAAAAUCUCAUUUAAAUUAUUUCAUUAGAUCCAGAUAUAGCUAAUGAUUUAGAUAAUUAAACACUUUAAAUUUGUGUAUAAUUAUUAGAAUUAAGUGAUAAUUAGAUAUUAAUAUCUAUAAUAUUAAGAUUUAUGAUUGGUAUAAGUGCUUUUAAAGAUGAAAAAUUUGUAUAAAGAAUAUUCUUUUUAAAAGGUCAUAAUAUUGUUAAAUAAUAUAUUAAUCAUGAAAGUUUAAUUAUAAGAUAAGCUUCUAUAAAAUUAUUAGCUAAUUUUACUAAUGUAGAUUCUGAAAAUUUACAAAAAGAAAUAGUUUCAGAUCUUCCUUUCAUAGCAGAAGUUGUUUAAAACUUUUAGAAUUCUGAUAAAACAGAUUAAAAUUAUUUAAGACUUAUUUAUGGUAUUACAUAUAAUUGUAUGACUUAUACAUCUACAGAAUUAAUUCAAGAUUUAAGAGUAUUUUAAAUAGUUAGAAUAAAAUUUCUAUUAGAAGAAUAAGAAGAAACAGAAAAUAUUAUUAUAUAUUUAAAAGUACUCUAUACUUUAAUUUACUAUUACUAAGCUUAUUGUAUAGAUGAUACUGAAUUAGAAUAAAAAUUAGAAGUUUUAUUAGAUCAUAAAAAUAAUGAUAUAGUUAAACUUGCUGAUGAAACAUUGAAUUUGAUUGACUUAAAAAAAGACUAAUGUAUGAAUGAAUGA